ACGCCGCUAUGUUGCUUUGGUAUUUCCUCUGCUUUUAGUCUCGCACAAAAAUAAUCGUGACGGUCAUGAUCAUUUGUCAGUGGUCAGUCAAUGGCAAUUAAACUUGACACUUUGGUCUAAAUAAAUUAAGUUGUAAUCAUGUGUAUCAGUGUGAAGAAUAAGCAAACUGUUCCAAAUCCAACUCGAAGCAAGGUAGCAAUGUUGAAGCAACUAUUAUUCGAUUUUAUGAAAUGCAUGAUGAUUCAGAUGCACUGGCUUUACGAUACAAUUGUGGACUUUUGUUUUGGCCUUUAUUACAACAACAAAGUAAAGAGGGUGCCACCCGUGAAAAAUAAGUUGUUGCUUGAAAGUGGUGUUGCCAUUGCAAAUAAGAUCAGAGAAGGGAGUGUAACAGCGGAAGAAGUAGUGCAGGCUUUUAUUGAUAGGUGUAAGGAAGUAAAUGAGUUACUCAAUGCAGUUGUUGUGGAACGUUACGAAGAAGCAAUGAAGGAAGCAAGAGAGGUGGAUGAAUUACUGAAAACUGACGUGGAUCGAGAAAUGCUGAAGAAUACAAAACCCUACUUGGGUGUUCCCUUCACUACAAAAGAAAGCAAUGAAGCUAAAGAUAUGAAGCACACAAUGGGGAUGACAUGCAGGCAAGAACACUGUUCAACCGAGGAUGCAACAGUAGUCGGAUAUCUGAAAAAAGCAGGUGGUAUCAUUAUAGCCAAGACGAACAUUCCAGAAAUGAAUUUGUGGAUUGAGUCUAGAAACAAUGUUUAUGGGCAAACCAACAAUCCCUAUGACACGACUCGGGCAGUUGGUGGAAGUAGUGGAGGUGAGGGUGCGAUUCUUGCCGCUUGUGGUAGUGCCAUUUCUAUCGGCAGCGACAUUGGAGGUUCCAUCAGAAUACCUGCAUUCUACAAUGGAGUAUUCGGACACAAACCUAGUGAAGGAACAACACCAAUCAAAGGUGUUGGUUUGAGAUCAGAAGACUACGGAAACACUAUGGUGGCCGUUGGUCCCAUGUGCAAAAAAGCAGAAGAUCUGGAACCACUUCUCAGAGUCUUUGUUGGCGAUAAUAUCACCAAAUUGAAGCUGGACACACCUGUGGAUCUGCAGAACUUGAAAAUCUUCUACCAAGUUUCCUCGGGGGAUAUUAGGUCGAGUCAAGUGAGCAAGGUGAUGAGGUCGACUUUGAUGAAGGCCGUGCGACAUUUCGGAGAAAUUACUGGAUCUGCGACCAAGAUUAAAAUGCCAGGGUCAGAGUACAGUUACCGACUUUGGAGGUAUUGGAUGACCCAGGAAGAAGGAGAUUUCAAGCAUCUUAUAACAAACAAAAAGGGCGUUACAACUGCAACUGCGGAAAUAUGCAAACUAGUCAGCUUCAAGUCAGAAUUAACCUUGGCUGCAAUCCUCAAGUUGAUAGAUAUGGACUUGCUGCCUCAGGAAAAUGGAGAUUGGGCACGAUACUUCACCUCUAAUCUGACAAAAUACCUAGUGGAUAAGCUGGGCGAUAAUGGAGUUCUCCUUUAUCCCUCGAGUCCAACGUCUGUUCCUUAUCACUACGCUUCAUACUUCAACCCCUUCAAUUUUGGCUACUGGUGUCUUUUUAAUGCUCUCAGGCUUCCAGUGUGCCAAGUUCCGAUGGGGUUGGACAGUAAUGGAUUACCAGUUGGAAUUCAGGUCAUCGCUGCUCCUUACAAUGAUCAUCUUUGUCUUGCUGUUGCAAGCGAACUGGAAAGAGCGUUCGGCGGAUGGGUCCCUCCAUCUUAAUUUCUUGUUUUUUACACUCCAUAAAUGCACUACAUUCCAG